AAGAAGAAGAGAGGCAGCAGUAAACCAUCACUCCUCUCUGACCUAGCAAACAAGAAGGAAGUGUCACUCAGAACUGCAGCGUGAAGCCACCAUCAGCUUACUGCUGUUUGCUCCUUGGAGUGUCUCCUUUUGUGUGUGUGUGUGCGUCUCGUUACAUGCUGAGUGUGUGGGCUUUGUUUUUGAUGGGACAUUGAGACAUGUGUGUGUCACAGUAUCAGUUAAUGGACUGUAGGGGGCAGUGCCCCCCUGCCCUCCCCCUGAUCCUCCUCCCUCUGUCCUUCCUCUCCUUCAUGUUUCCAUUCACUCUGGGAGAACAGCACAUCCCCGAAAACUUAUUUCAGCCUCCGGUGCUGACAGAGAUGCCAAAAUCACACACAGUGUUUUCUCUAGAAGACUUCAAUCUGGCCUGUGAGGCCACCGGGAACCCGACACCCACAUUCCGUUGGCUGAAAGAUGGCGAGUUGUUCGGAUCAGAGACUGAAGGAUCCGGAACGCUGAGAGGCGACAAUUCUUCCCUGGAUAUGUUAGAGGGUGAAUACCGCUGCUACGCCUCCAACAGUCUGGGCACCGCCAUGACACAAGCCGUCAAAGUCAACGUAGAGCCUCAGCCAGUUCUUUUUAAACAGCAAGUCAUGCGUGAACAAGGAGUCGUGGGACAGAGUAUGGUUCUGUCCUGCAACCGUCCAGAAAGCUCGCCUCCUCCCAGCAUCCACUGGAUGAACAUGAAUUUGAUGCACAUUACUCGGAGUGAGAGAGUGACGAUCGGCCUGGACGGGAAGCUGUACUUCGCGAACCUCAUGAGGAGUGACAGCAAAGAGGACUACAUCUGCUACGCCCAGUACAGAGAGGCCAGGACUGUUCUACCUGCCACUGCUGUCUCCCUCUCUGUCAAGCCGAGUGAGCGCACAGGUGACAUUCUUCUUGGCAGAAAACCCGAACUUUUCCAUCCCACUGGCAGUCGCUCCAGAGUUAUGGCCCUGAGGGGUCACAGUGUCACACUUGAAUGUUUGCCCAGUGGCUUGCCCACUCCUAAGGUGGAAUGGAAGAAGAAGGAUGGUGUCCUGGCAAACACAGCUGCUCAUGUUAUUAACUUUGACCGCUGGCUUCACUUCGACAGCAUCACCCUGGAGGAUGUUGGCGAGUAUGAAUGCAACGCCUCCAACACCCACGGCUCCACCUCACACUUUUUCACAGUUACUGUGGAAGAGGCUCCUUACUGGGUGAAGGAGCCCCAGAACGGGAUGUACACUCUGGGUAAAACUGUGAGACGGCAUCCCGAGGCCCAGCAUCACCUGGAGAAUCAACGGUCAGCUGUUCACAGAAGUGGAUGAAGAGCCUCGGCGCAGUGUAACGAGCGGGUUGAUGACACUGAGAGACGUGAAUAUCGAAGACAUAGCCGUGUAUCAAUGUGAAGCCACUAAUGUGCACGGCUCCAUCGUCAUCAAUGCCUUCCUUUAUGUCGUUGACCUCACUUGUUU